AAUGGGAAAUUGUAAUAACAGCAAAGAUGUAAAUUUUGAUGAUGCUUUGUGUAUAUUAUUUAAUAAUUUAAUUAGUACCAUGUAAAGCUGAUUUUGCAUUACUAUUUGUUAUUGGUAGAGGUGGUUUUGGAAGAGUAUGGAAGGCUGAAAAUAAAAAAUCAAAGUAAUAGUUUGCUAUUAAAGAAAUGAAUAAAUGCAAGUAAAGAUUAUAUUAUUAAAUAAUUAGAAUAAUUAAUAAGAAAAGUGUUAGUUCAGUCAUGAAUGAAAGAUAUUUAUUAAGUAAUUUACGGCAUCCGUAAGAAAAUUAAACUAAAUAGGUUUUUAGUAAAUAUGCAUACAGCGUUUUAAGAUAGGGAAAAUUUAUAUUUAGUCAUGGAUUUGAUGUAAGGUGGUGAUUUAAGGUAUCAUCUCUGCAAACAAAGAAAGUUCAAUGAAAAAUAGACAAGUAUAGAUUAACAUUAAAUUUUAAAAGAAUUUUUUAUUGCAUGUUUAUUACUAGCAUUAGAUUAUUUACAUACAAAUACAAUAUUACAUAGAGAUAUCAAACCAGAAAACUUAGUGUUUGAUAGAAAUGGUAUUAAAUAUUACUAAAGUAUUAUAGGUUAUUUAAGAUUAACAGAUUUGGGUAUUGCUAGAAUUUGGAAACCUGACAAUGACAAUGAUACUAGUGGAACUCCUGGAUAUAUGGCACCAGAAGUUAUGUGUAGAUAAGCUCAUGGAGUAGCUUCAGAUUAUUUUGCAGUUGGAGUUAUAACUUAUGAAUGUAUGAUGGGAAAAGUAAAAAGAUUCUUAUUAUGUAGAGACCUUACAUAGGGAAAACAAGAAAAGAAAUUAGAGAUUAAAUUAUGGCUAAAUAAGUCUUGGUUAAAUUGAAUUAAAUACCAGAAGGAUGGUCAGAAGAAGCAGCAGAUUUUAUCAAUAGAACUCUAUAAAGGAAACCUGUGAAUAGGCUAGGUUUUAAUGGUCCUGAGGAAGUGUAAUCUCAUCCUUGGUUUAAAGAUAUUGAUUGGAAUAGUUUUAUGAAUUAAUCAGCUGCCCCAUAAUACUCAAUAAAUGUAUUGUUAUAAGAAUCUAUGUAGAUCAAUAAUGAUAAUUUCGAUGCAAAGUUUGCAAAUAUGAAAGAAGAUGAAGAUCAUGAGUCUAGUUUAUUAAAUGGAUAAUUGUUAAGAAGAUAAUCGAUUUAAGAUUAAUUUAAUGGUUAUACUUAUGACUAGACUAUCACACAACAGCCUAUCUAAAGUAAUAUUACUACAAAAUAAACUAUACCUCAUUUAAAUACUUAGUAAUUGACAUCUGCUAAGAGAACAAAUAUUGAAGAAACUAAUCCAUAAUUAUCUCAAAUAUCAUAAAAAAAAUACAAUCUAAUUUCAUAAACACCUAGAUAACAAACUAAACAAAUGUUAACUAAUUAAAAACCAUAAUCUGAUAGAAAUCAUUUUACUAACAAGUUUUAAUUUAAUUGA